CUUCCUAUUGUGUGCGAGUCGGCCAUCUUCACGGAGAAGCCGCCACUCCUGUCUCGUCGGCGCCUUGCUUUUGCUGCUGUAGCAGUCGCAAGACUGUUAUAGUUGCAGCGAAAGCGCACACAUCUUGUCGGGGAGAGAGCAUACAGUGCGAGCUACGGAAAAAAAAACUGAUCCUAUGCUGUAUUCAUGUGCCGUGCUCUUAAAGAUUUAGAUGUCUUGUGCACAGGACACUGUUUCUGAAAACGCCAAGAGCCCUCCGGCAAAAAAACGCAGGACCGAGGAUAGUUCCGGCAACGCCGCGUCUGGAAAAGCAGUUGGGGAAAUGGCCCAAAAUGGCUCCGCAGGCCAAAACACGGCUGACAUCGAUGAGAGUCUGUACUCAAGACAGCUGUAUGUCCUCGGACAUGAGGCCAUGCUUCGAAUGGCCCGAUCGGACGUGCUCAUAUCGGGCAUGCGAGGCCUGGGAGUGGAGAUUGCCAAGAACAUCAUCUUGAGCGGCGUCAAGUCGGUCACCAUCCAUGACCAGGGUGUGUGCACCACCGCCGACCUCUCCUCACAGUUCUACCUGAACGAGAGUGCCCUUGGUAAAAACCGUGCCGAGGCAUGCCUCCAAGCCCUGACGGAGCUGAACACGUACGUCACAGUUGCGGCCCACACGCAGCCCCUCACCGAGGACUUUCUGAAACGGUUCAGUGUGGUGGUGUUGACGGACACUCCGCUGGCGGAGCAGCUGUCCAUCUCGUCUUUCACUCGUGCUCACAACAUUGCCCUCAUCGUGGCCGACACCCGAGGUCUCUUUGGCCAGAUCUUCUGUGACUUUGGCGAGACCUUCCGUGUGGUUGACACCACUGGAGAGCAGCCGGUGUCAGUCAUGGUUGCUUCCAUCAGCAAGGACAAGGAAGCGGUGGUGACGUGCCUAGACGAAACACGGCACGGACUUGAGGAUGGGGACUACGUGACUUUCACGGAAGUCGGUGGCAUGACUGAGAUCAACAACUGCCCACCCAUGAAAGUCAAGGUGCUCGGUCCCUACACAUUCAGCGUGGGAGACACGACACAAUUUGGAGAUUACCUCAGGGGUGGAAUCGCAACACAAGUCAAGAUGCCAAAGGACAUUAAGUUUAAGUCGCUAAAGGACGCCCUCGCGGAUCCAGAAUAUGUCAUCUCGGACUUCGCAAAGAUGGACCGCCAGGACCAGUUGCACUUGGGCUUUCAAGCACUUCACGCCUUCGAGGCAAAGCACUCACGGUUACCGCGACCUUGGAACAAGGAGGAUGCGGCCGAGGUGGUGGCCCUGGCGAAAGAAAAGAAUGCCUCGUCGGCCAAACCGCUGGAGAGUCUCGACGAGAAGCUGCUCUCCACUCUGGCCCAUGUCUCCAGUGGCUCACUUUGCCCCAUGCAGGCAGUCAUCGGAGGCAUCACUGCUCAGGAGAUCAUGAAGGCGUGCAGCGGCAAGUUCAACCCGAUCCAGCAGUGGUUCUACUUUGAUGCGCUGGAGUGCCUGCCGCAAUCAGGGACGGUUUCAGAAGAGAGUGCCACUUCACUGGCGGACACUCGGUAUGGUGCACAGGCCUGUGUUCUCGGUGCUGAGGUACAGAAGAAGCUUGGAUCCCAGAAAUACUUCCUGGUGGGUGCUGGUGCCAUCGGCUGCGAGCUCCUGAAGAACUUCGCCAUGAUGGGCCUGGGAGCCGAGGACGGCUGCAUCUACAUCACGGACAUGGACGUCAUCGAGCGGUCAAACCUCAACCGGCAGUUCCUGUUCCGGCCGUGGGACGUCGGCCGUAUGAAGGCAGGCACAGCGGCGGGUGCUGUGAAGAAGAUGAACCCGAACGUCAAGAUUGUCGCGCACGAAAACAGGGUAGGAGUGGACACCGAGAACAUCUACACGGACGACUUCUUUGAGGCCCUGGAUGGGGUGGCUAAUGCACUGGACAACGUGGACACACGUAUCUACAUGGACCGGCGGUGCGUGUACUACCGGAAGCCCCUGCUGGAGUCUGGCACGCUGGGCACGAAGGGCAACGUGCAGGUUGUGAUUCCUCACCUGACAGAGUCAUACUCGUCGUCCCAGGAUCCACCCGAGAAGUCCAUCCCCAUCUGCACGCUCAAGAACUUCCCUAAUGCCAUCGAGCACACCCUGCAGUGGGCUCGUGACGAGUUUGAAGGCUUGUUCAGGCAAUGUGCCGACAAUUCUGUCCAGUAUUUAAAAGACCCAAGGUUCAUGGAGAAGACGCUAAAGCUUCCAGGAAACCAGCCGCUGGAGGUGCUCGAGGGGGUCAAGCAGAUGCUGGUAGACGAGCGGCCGACAUCGUUCGCAGACUGCAUCGCUUGGGCCAGGCUGCGUUUCCAGGACCAGUACAACAACCAGAUCCGGCAGUUGCUGUACAACUUUCCUGAGGAUCAGACUACAAGUUCGGGUGCCCUAUUUUGGUCUGGCCCCAAGCGUUGUCCCAAGCCCAUUGAGUUUGACCCCAAUGAGACUCUGCACAUGGACUACAUAGUGGCUGCAGCCAACCUGCGGGCGGCGAUGUUUGGCCUUCCGAAGUGCACAGACCGGGAGGAAAUUGCCCGCGUCCUCAAACUGGUCAAGGUGCCACCGUUCGAGCCGCGGCAAGGUGUGCGCAUUGCUGUUACAGAUGCCGAGGCCCAGCAGAGCAUGGGAGGGCCCACAGACCAGGAGCGGCUGACCAUCCUGCAGAAGGAGCUGCCCACCCCGGCGUAUCUCAAGGAUGUAAAGUUGACCCCCCUGGAGUUCGAGAAAGACGAUGACACCAACUUUCACAUGGACUUCAUCGUGGCAGCCUCCAACCUGCGCGCCACGAAUUACAAGAUCGCGCCUGCGGACCGGCUUCGCAGCAAGCUUAUUGCGGGCAAGAUCAUACCUGCCAUCGCCACCACCACCUCGCUCGUCGCUGGUCUCGUCUGCCUCGAGCUUUACAAGCUGGUUCAAGGCCACAACAAACUUGAACUCUACAAGAAUGGCUUUGUCAAUCUGGCACUUCCGUUCUUUGGCUUCUCGGAACCCAUAGCAGCCAAGAAGAAUAAGUACAAUAACCACGAGUUCACCCUCUGGGACCGCUUUGAAGUUCAAGGGGAAAUGACACUCCGGGAGUUCAUUGACUAUUUCAAGAACGAGCACGGUAUUGAGAUCACCAUGCUGUCUCAAGGAGUCUGCAUGUUAUACUCGUUUUUCAUGCCUGCCGCCAAGGUGGAGGAGCGCCUCAAGCUUCUCAUGAGCGAGGUUGUGAAGAAGGUGUCCCAGAGGCCUAUCGAUCCACACGUGCGUGCCCUGGUGUUUGAGCUGUGCUGCAACGACAAGGAUGGCGAGGAUGUGGAGGUGCCCUACGUGCGCUACCUCCUUCCAAAAUGACCACGGCCUGGCUAGCGUAGGAAGUUGGUGAAAAAUGGCGACGGUACCCGCCUAGCUUCGCAUCUCGUGGCUGGUCGUGCUGUUUGGAGGCCGGUGCCAGCGACUUGUCCAUCUGUGCCCUUGUAAUCAUUUCAUGACCAGCCUUCUGUGUUUUUUGUAUUUAUAUUCAAACAAAUUGGCACCAGUGCUUUUCACUGUGCCGCUUAUUUCUUUUUUUUUUGUUGUUGUUUUAAGGGGGGAUGCUGCUAAAUAGAAUUUUUUUUUUUUUUCGUUUUUUAUAUAACCAUGAUUCCCAGGCUCCCAUGAUGCAAGAAAUAAUAAUUAAAAAGAAUCUUUGCCAUGUAAAGAAGGUUCCAAUUUUACCUUUAAAAUGCAAUCUCAUGAUGCUAUUUUCGGCAGUUUUUCAAGUCUGACCAUUUUUCAUUGGGCAGUUCCAGGUUUCGUAUAACGGAAGGAGUUUUGUUAUCUCCUUCAAAGAAUAUCACUUACAUAUAUAGCGAAUUUCAAAUAAACGAUUACUGAGGCUUGAACAUUUUAAAACUUCAAGUAACAUAUUUUAUGCGCACUUCCUAGUAAGUUCAUCGCACUCUGAAGUUUACGUGGAGAAAUAUGGGCCAUUGACAUAAUAUGCAGAAGUUUAAUGAUAGAAAAUGUGGGUGCAAGAAGGCCUACAUUUUAACUGAUUGUCACGAUACAAAACUAGAACCAUGCAGCUCACUAUCAAACAGAUCAGUAUGUAUUUGUCAUCAACAUGAGACAAUGUGUAAACAGCUGGAGUUUUGUUGCUCUGUUAUAUAUUUAAAAAGUCUUCGAGUAGCAUCUCCCCUUAGAGUUGUGAAGCAAACUCUGUUGAUAUGAUUUAAUGACAGUUGAUUUUUUUUUUCUUAUUGAGGCAAUAAGUGUAAUGAAAGCCAGGAAACAUGAUGGCGUGUGACGGUCGUGUGUGCAUUUUUUUUUAACUGCUAAAAAUAAAUUUUCAUUGAAAUGCCCA